AAAAGGGUAGUUCCUGGUUGGUUAAGAGAAAAACCUGUCUUGUCACCAAGCGCCCAAUGUUGUAAUCAACGAAGCAGUGUCAGGGCUCUCUCUCUGGGUUUUGGGAGACAUCGAACUACCGUGUCGGAGAGGGAGCUUUUGCGUUGCGUGGCCACCACCACCUCGAACCAACAACAACAACAACUCACUUCCUCUUCGAAACUUCUUCAUUCCCCAUUAUUCCAUUCCAAAAAUCAUGCUCCUCUUCUUCAGGGUUUAGAUUUUUAACCCCCCCCCCCCUCUCUCUUCCCAUGGCCUAUCCCUGCCACCCCACCACCACCUGAAAGAAUAUUCUAGAAGCACCCCGAAAGUGUGGUUCAGAUGGCGUGGACGGAAGAUAAUGAUGAGAAUAAUGGGAGGGAAAAGAAGAUGGUUGGGGAAAAUGGGUUUUUGAUAGUGUCUGAGCCUUCUCCUGCUGGUUCUGGUGGGGAUGGGGUUUCGGUGAGUACGAGAUAUGAAGGGAAGGAUGAUGUUUUGUUUGCCAACAUUCUGCGAUCGAGGAACAAAUUUGUGGAUGCUCUUGCACUAUACGAACGCGUGCUGGAGAGUGAUGGCGGGAAUGUGGAGGCUCUUGUUGGGAAAGGGAUAUGUUUGCAGAUGCAGAAUAUGGGUAGGCUUGCUUUUGAGAGUUUUGCGGAGGCUAUCAGGAUGGAUCCUCAGAAUGCCUGCGCUCUCACACAUUGCGGUAUUCUUUACAAAGACGAAGGUUGCCUUGUGGAGGCUGCUGAGUCAUAUCAAAAGGCUUUACAAGUGGAUCCUUCAUACAAAGCAGCUGCUGAGUGCCUGGCCAUUGUUUUAACGGAUAUUGGUACCAACAUAAAGCUUGCAGGAAAUACUCAGGAAGGAAUUCAAAAAUACUUUGAAGCUCUCAAAAUAGAUCCACACUAUGCUCCAGCAUAUUAUAAUCUUGGUGUGGUCUAUUCUGAAAUGAUGCAAUAUGACAUGGCCCUCACUUUCUAUGAAAAGGCUGCAUCAGAGAGGCCUAUGUAUGCUGAAGCAUACUGUAACAUGGGUGUAAUAUAUAAAAAUCGUGGUGAUUUGGAAGCAGCUAUUACUUGUUAUGAGAGGUGUUUAGCUGUUUCACCUAACUUUGAGAUUGCAAAGAAUAAUAUGGCUAUAGCUUUGACAGAUUUGGGAACAAAGGUUAAAUUGGAGGGUGACAUCAACCGUGGUGUGGCUUUUUAUAAGAAAGCUUUGCAUUAUAAUUGGCAUUAUGCUGAUGCAAUGUAUAAUCUUGGGGUUGCUUAUGGUGAGAUGCUUAAGUUUGAUAUGGCUAUUGUGUUCUAUGAACUUGCCUUCCACUUCAAUCCGCAUUGUGCGGAAGCUUGUAACAAUCUAGGUGUUAUAUAUAAAGAUCGUGACAACCUUGACAAAGCAGUGGAAUGUUACCAGCUUGCUUUGGGAAUCAAACCUAACUUUUCACAGUCAUUAAAUAACCUUGGCGUUGUAUACACUGUCCAGGGUAAAAUGGACGCUGCGGCGAGUAUGAUUGAGAAAGCUAUCAUUGCAAAUCCAACAUAUGCUGAAGCAUACAAUAACUUAGGAGUUCUUUACAGGGAUGCUGGUGAUAUCUCUCUAGCAAUUAAUGCUUAUGAGCAAUGUCUAAAGAUUGAUCCUGAUUCUCGAAAUGCUGGCCAGAACCGUUUACUUGCGAUGAAUUACAUAGAUGAAGGAAAUGAUGACAAACUUUUUGAGGCUCACAGGGACUGGGGUAGGCGAUUUAUGAGACUGUAUCCACAGUUCACAUCAUGGGACAACUCAAAAGAUCCUGAACGGCCUCUUGUGAUAGGAUAUGUCUCUCCUGAUUAUUUUACACAUUCUGUGUCAUAUUUCAUAGAAGCUCCCCUUGUCUAUCAUGAUUAUACCAAUUAUAAAGUGAUUGUUUAUUCAGCAGUUGUCAAGGUCCAUAGCAUAACUAUAAAAAGGCCACAUCUGUCGGGUGGAAUUGAGAUCACUUAUGAUGUCCACAUCUACAUGAUGUCCGCAUUGUUGUUUCUGGUUCAAGCAGAUGCAAAAACCAUCCGGUUUAGAGAAAAAGUCUUAAAGAAGGGUGGGAUCUGGAAAGAUAUUUAUGGAACUGAUGAAAAGAAGGUUGCUGACAUGGUUAGACAAGAUCAAGUUGAUAUUUUAAUAGAACUUACUGGUCACACUGCAAACAAUAAGCUGGGAAUGCUGGCAUGCCGACCUGCUCCAGUUCAGGUGACUUGGAUUGGUUAUCCCAAUACAACAGGAUUGCCUACAAUUGAUUAUAGAAUAACUGAUUCUCGGGCAGACCCUCCCGAAACAAAGCAGAAGCAUGUUGAAGAGUUAGUUCGAUUACCAGAUAGCUUCCUUUGUUACACUCCUUCCCCUGAGGCUGGUCCUGUUUGUCCAACUCCUGCUCUUUCCAAUGGCUUUGUUACAUUUGGUAGUUUUAACAAUCUUGCUAAGAUUACACCCAAGGUACUGCAGGUCUGGGCAAAGAUACUAUGUGCAAUUCCAAAUUCUCGUCUUGUGGUAAAAUGUAAACCGUUUUGCUGUGAUAGUGUGAGACAGAGGUUUCUUUCAACACUAGAGAAGUUAGGUCUCGAACCACUACGAGUUGAUCUUCUGCCCCUUAUUCUUCUUAACCACGAUCAUAUGCAAGCUUAUUCUCUAAUGGACAUCAGUUUGGACACAUUUCCAUAUGCUGGAACAACGACGACUUGUGAAUCUUUAUACAUGGGAGUUCCAUGUGUUACAAUGGCUGGUUCAGUGCAUGCACACAAUGUUGGUGUUAGUCUUCUUAGCAAAGUUGGUUUGGGCAAUUUGAUUGCCAAAAAUGAAGAUGAAUAUGUAAAAUUGGCCUUGAAGUUGGCUUCUGAUAUUUCGGCACUACAAAAUUUGAGAAUGAGUCUUCGAGAGCUCAUGUCUAAGUCCCCUCUCUGCGAUGGAGCUAAAUUUAUCCUUGGUCUAGAGUCAACAUAUAGGCAAAUGUGGCGCAGAUAUUGUAAAGGAGAUGUUCCGGCUUUGAAAUGCAUGGAACUGUUGCAACAACCUGUUUCUUCAAAUAACCCAUCCAGUAAGAACUCCGAGCCAACAAGGGCCACAAACUCAAGUGAGGGAAGCCCCGAAUCUGUCAAGGCCAAUGGAUUCAGUUCAACUCAGCCACCAAAGCUUAAUUUUCUCAAUUGCGAAGAAAAUGGUGGGUCGUUGAAUCACAGUAGUAAGCAAGGGAUUGUGGGUUCAAGUUGAAUUUCAUGUGAGUCCUUGUGAUUCAAGGAUGCUCAGCUGUAUUCCAAUAGGUGCAGUAUUAGGUUGGCAUGAUGCAUAUUGUGAUUUUGCUACUGGAAGAGGCUUGCAGCUACCAUGGCAUCAGAAAAGGUUAAAUUUUCAUAGAAUGACAAUUUUUUUCUGGGAAGGAAGUGUAAGCAACGGGUACUGAAUCGAUUUGUGUCCUCAACUGCUGUUGAUACUCCCAGAGGUGAUGCUGCUUUGAAAUGGCAUCCUUCAAUAUCUGUAACCCAUUUUUCCCCCCUUAAUUAUAAUAGCUAGUUGAGAGUGUAAAUUGUGUAAUAUUUAUUUAAUUUUUUUUGGGGCUAUCGACUUCUUUUCUGGCAUGGUAUUGAAGGAUGGAGUGUACCUGUGUGAAUGUAAUAGGCUUUCAUUUGAAAAGAAGGGGUGAACAAAUUAAGAUUUCUGUGUUGAUUAAGAUAGGAAUAUGAAAGUUUAACUCUGAAGUACUAAAAAGUUCAAAACUUGUCUACAGAGGAAACAAUAUCAGAUGCAACUUAAUUAGCUCUUAAGCUAGUAGUACUAAUUUGAUAACUGUUAUUAUGAUAUUGGUCAAUGCUAUUAUGUGUCAGAGAUGGCAUAAUUUUACCCUUCCUCAGGAUUGAUCACUAAUUCCUGAGAUAUGUGAAAA